AUGUCUCAUGAGGAUGUGUCUACAACGUUAAGGGUAGGUUAUCUCUUUAAUUAUUUGUUUUUAGCUUAAUUUUUAGGUAUAAAUUGUUUUUUUUCGGGAUUUUUGAAAUAGUUUUUGGGUGUUUUCUUCAAGUUUCGGUAUGAUUUCUACCAUUUUCAAACAUUCUCUGCCAUUUCCAGCGCAGAAACAAUAAGCAGAAAGACGCAGAGAAGCCUUUUCAACCAGAAGACGAUCCAGAAUACGAUUGUUGUGUCAAAGUCAACUUGCAUGUAAGUCUUAUAUGACAUUAAACAUCUUUCGACAAUUUUUUUCAGAAAUUUGUGAUAUGCAUGUCAGCGGUCAUGUGCGUAUUUUACGCAGGGUUAUGUUUCGAAAAGUUCAUGGCGCAUAGUUUUCACCAGAAUAUACCAACAAGUGUAAUGGGAGCCAGUAUAGUAUUGAUCAUCUCGUAUGUGGUACUACUGGUCGGGGCCGUCUUCAGAAUACGAUUAGUUUACCUUGUUUUCUUCAUCGUUUCGGUAGGAUUUCGGCUUGUUUUUGUUGUGUGUAGGUAAUGAAAGGAUGAUGAAAUGUUUAUUCUUUGAUUUUUUGGUCAAAAAGUCUUGGGACUUUGUGUUUUGCUGCCUUAAAAUUAUGUUUUUUACCCAAAAAAUGAAGUCUUUAGACCUUUUUUUAAACGUUUGAACUUUAAAAAACCGUUAAAAAUUACAAUUUUAAGACUUAAAAUGAUGUCGUCUAACCGAAUAAUUUUAUCUUUACAACCCUUUCAGGCAGUAUGCCAAUUACUCAUGUUUUGUGCCAUGAUCGCCGAGAUCAACCUAGCCCAGAAAGACUUAUAUCGUGAUCCAGUCAAGAAGUGGUGGAACGAAAACCGUCAGAACCUGAAUACAAUGGCACAAGAAAUACGCCUUUUGUACAUCUUGGUCAACUUCUCCAUGUGCACGCUACAUAUUUACACGGACUAUCUGGUUUACCGCGACUACUGCUUCGUCUACGACUAUCCAAGGAAACAUCAUUUUAAAUGGGAAAAGAAAAUACUUAUGUUUUGA